AUGUUCGUCGGGAAGUUUCCAACCGUUGUCAUCUCGCUCCCCUCACCGAAUUUCCUAGAUCUAAGGCCCUUUUUAGAUGGGGAAAGGGCGACGAGCUGCUUCUUCCUUCUGGAGGGCGGCGGGGCGACGAGAAGGAGGGCGGCUUGGCGACGUCGAGGUGGAGGCGGCGGGGGGUCGGAGGGCUGGGACUGUCGACCGAAUGAGGGGAUCGCCGGUCGUGAGGGAGAAGGAGUAGCGGCUGAGGUCGAAGAGGAUGGAGGCUGCUGGCUGAGGUCGAAGAGGAUGGAGGCUGCGGCUGAGGACGAAGAGGGCCUAGGAUAUCUUAACAGCCCAUAUCCAAUUCUCCAAAUCACAUCUCCUGACAAAAUGGUACUCAUCUAUCUUCUCCUCCUCCCAAUCUCCAUCACCAUCCUCGUCGUCAUCACAGUUUCACGAUUUCUCACCACCUCUGCAGCUUCCAAACACCGCUCACCGACGCUGCCUCCAGGCCCUAAGCCAUGGCCCAUUAUCGGAAACCUCCCUCACCUCGGCAAGCAAGCUCACAUCUCCCUCCAACACUUCUCCCAGCUCUACGGCCCUCUCAUCUCCCUCCGCCUCGGCUCCCAGCUCCUCGUCGUCGCCUCUUCCCCCGCGGCAGCCGCCGAAAUCUUGAGAACCCACGACCGCCUCCUCUCCGCCAGAUACGUCCCCACGGUCGUGCCUUACGACACGGUGGAGCUCGACCGCAAGGCGAUCGUUUGGGCUUCCAGCUGCAGCAACGACCAGUGGAAGGCCUUCCGAGCAAUGUUCAGGAACCAGAUCUUCUCGGCGAAGGCGAUCGAAUCUCAGGCCGCCGUCAGGGAGAGGAAGGUCGCCCAGAUGGUGGAAUUUCUCGAGGGGAAACUAGGGGAGUCGGUUAGUAUCGGCGAAGUCGUUUUCACUGCUAUCUUCGACUCGCUGUCGAAUCUCAUGUUGUCGCGAGAUUGCAUAGGGUUCGAAAGCAGCGAGACGGCGAAUCGAUUGAAGUCGCUGAUUUGGAGGUUCAUGGAAUUGGGGACGUCCCCUAAUCUCGCCGAUUUUUUUCCGGUUCUGAAGAAAUUGGAUCCCCAGGGGCUGAGACGCGAGGUUUUUCGCUGUUGCAACGAGUUGUACUCUGUUUGGCAGCCUUACGUUAAACAGAGGAGAGAGCGGCGGCGGAGAGACCCAUAUGGUGCUGAAGAUUUCUUGGAUAUCUUCCUGGAAAAUGGACUCGAUGAUGACCAGAUUGACUGGUUGAGUCUCGAAUUGUUCAGUGCUGGUACGGAUACUAACACGGCCACAAUAGAAUGGGCGAUGACAGAGCUGAUUCGAAACAAGGGGGCGAUGGAAAAGCUGCGGGAGGAGCUGAAGGCGGAAUUGUCCCCACCGCUAGUAGGAAAAUCGCAGAUCGAGGAAUCUGCGGCGUGUCGGCUUCCGUACUUAAACGCAAUCGUGAAGGAGACGCUAAGGCUACACCCGCCGGGACCGUUGCUGCUGCCGCACCGAGCACCGGAGAGUUGCGAGGUGAUGGGCUACACGGUCCCUGAAGGGGCUCAGAUUGUGGUCAACGUGUGGGCGAUUUCGAGGGAUCCGAUGGUGUGGGAGGAUGACCCGACGUCGUUCAAGCCGGAGAGGUUCAUUGGGUCGGAGGUGGAUUUUAGAGGGCAGGAUUUCGAGCUGCUGCCGUUCGGCGCUGGGAGGAGGAUGUGCCCCGGAGUGCCAUUGGCCACCAGGCAGAUUCCGUUGGUUCUUGCUGCUUUGGUUCGAAACUUCGAUUGGUGCCUCCCCGACGGAGAAGAUCCGGCAGAGAUGGAUAUGAGUGAGAAGUUUGGGAUUACCUUGCAGAAGGAACAACCUCUGCUUCUUGUUCUCAACCGAAGUUCAUUUUGAAAUCUACGGUGUUCAUUUGGGAGCUAAGAGUCAUUCACGUAGUUAAAAAAAAAGUCCGUAUAUGAAUUAAUGACGAGACAAGCUCGUGUGAUUAUGUUUGUAUGUUAUCAACCAUUUGAGUGGUGGAAAUGACCUUAGCAUGAAGUUUAUUACGUACGAGAUAAUAACCGAAUUUAAUAUAUUUGAUGAGUUCAUG